AUGGAGCCUUCAAAGCCAUACAAAUACAUCAUACACCCGCCUAGGGGCAACCAGAUAGCACAACUAUGGAACUCCUGGCCUUGGGCUUUUGAAGCUGUAGCUCUGAUCCUAUCGGCUUUGCAAUUCAUGGGCAUAGUUGGUGUAUUGGCUUAUUUCAAUGGUCGAAUGGCUGAAACAUCAGCCAUCAUUACACCUAAUACCAUCGUUUCCGUUCUUUCCACAGGGUCCAAAGCAUCACUCCUCUCUGCUGCUGCGGGCUGUAUUAGCCAAUCGAACUGGGUGCUCUUUGCAGAUCAGCCUCGGCGCUUGUUAGACUUCGAGAUGGUUGCUGAUGCGAGUCGGGGACCGCUUGGAAGUAUCCGGCUCCUCUUCAGUCAACACUUUCGGGGAGGUCUACUUGUGCGACUAGGUGCUUUGAUUACCCUUUUUACCAUUGCCUUAGACCCCUUCGCACAGCAACUGGUUAAACUUCAGAAUAUACAGAUAUCAAGACCCGGGGGACAAAUAUCCCAAGCUUCACGAUACUCCCUUGGAAAAGCGAUCAACUUGCAGGCGAUGUUUUAUUGGGAAGCGGAUGAUGAUGGGCAUUUGCGCGCAGACCGUUUUAUCGCAGACGCUGAUGUUGCGAUGAAAGCAGCUGGUAUGUUUGGCUUAGCAGCCGAUACUCAAAGUGUCAUGCAACAGACCACCCUAGAUUGCCCUGGAGAAGCCUGCAAAUUUUCCAAAGUAGCUUCACUGGCGAUCUGUAGCAGAUGCAAUAAUAUCACAUCGCUCCUGGAGCGAACAGAGGAAGAAGGGCCGCCCCUUUAUAGCAAAAUCACAUCUGACAGGUCAAACAAUCACAAACGUGACACCUUGCGGACGAGGCCCCGGACUCAGUACUCUUUGCCGAAUGGACUUUACUUGGAUAAUGAUGAUGGGAGUCCUCACUAUUUUGGCCUGUACAUGACUACUUUGGGGACGGUCAACCGUACUAAAACUUUGACCAUGGCUGAUAUUGAUACUUUGAUAUGGUCACAAAACAUAAUCAAGGUAGUAAAUGAUACAUCGGCAACUGAGGAAAUUCCGUGGCCUAACUAUGAAGUUCAUGCUUCUGAGUGUGCGUUGUACUACUGCGCCAAAGAGUACAACUUUACAGUUCACAAUAGCACGAAGACAGAAACUUCUAGCUCAGAAAUCACGGAUUGGAAACGAAAUCUUGAAUCUUGGCAAACGGACCCUUGGUUUAAGGAAAAGCUCGAGCUCACACCAGACGUUAUCGAUUCAGUGGCAUACCACCCGAACAAUUCUUUUCUACCACGAACUGACCUUCAACUGUAUGUUGAUGUUGAAAAUGGGUUGGCAAGAAGCUGGAACCUCUCAAAAGAUGCCGUGACGGGCAUCAGCUAUUUUGUCCAAACCCUAUUUUCCAUGUGUAUGAGCCAGAAUUGCUCUGACGCCCCGGAUGAGUGGGUGGCCCCUACGGGAUAUUAUUAUCACAACUUGCAAGGUUAUACAGAGUAUGAACCUGCGCCAUCCAAGAUAUUAUGGGAAGCGAAACACAUCAAUACUACUUUCGCCAAUAUUGCAAGGAGUAUGAGCAAUGCGUUACAGGCUGGCGAUGAUACCAAAGACAGUCAAAUAGGGACGGUCAUCCAAUCUGUUACCACUUAUCGCAUUGAAUGGGGUUGGAUUGCUCUACACUGUACCACUGCCGUGGCUAUGUUAUCAUUCUUCAUCUUAACGCUCUUGUCUAGGGCUCCAUCUGGCGCAAGGGUCCCUGUGUGGAAAACGAGCAACCUGGCCAUCCUCUCUAGGGGUCCCAUAGUUUCGGAUGUAUUGUGUGAUGGACAAACGCUUGACCAACUAGAGAGACAAGCAAAGCUCGCCCAGGUGAGCUUGCUGCAAGUCGGUCCUACAGACGACAUGUCCGCCAUGGAUACAAAGCUGCAAUCGUCAGAGCAGGUUGAGAUGACCACAUUUCAGAAUUUUCAGAGAGCAAACAAGUCCUGGCAUAGACCUACUCCGCAUUAUGAGCGUCUGUAA